UGUCGUCGGAGCAAUGCUUGGCUGAUUGAACCUCCACCUGUUCAACGCUUGACUGCCGAGGGGCUCUCGGCCUUCGAGCUCGUGGAGGUGGGGGGUGGGCCAGCGACCGCGUGCAGGCCGCCUCCAUGGCCGCGCGGGUCGCCGACGUGAAGGGCGCCUUCCAUCGGACGCGGCUGCCCCCUUGGGUAAGAGGCUCGUCGGGCUUCCAGGGCUCAGGGCUGGAGAUCUGCAGCUGCGCGGUGCCGAGUUAGAGGGUCAUUUUCUGAGCUGCGACGACGUGCUCUGCCCAGUCCCUGAGGCGUUGCCGGUGGGCUGCACGUGGGGCCUCUACAUGUUUCGGAGCGCGACAGAGCUCCGAUGCCAGUUUGCGCCGAGCCUGCGAGGAGCCCAGCCCCUGAGUGACUUAGGACAGCCGCUGGUGUUGAGGUUCGCGGUUGGCUCAGAGCAGUUGGGGCACUGCGUGCGCGUCGACAACGUGGGCGUGAUCGGGCAGCAUGGCGACCGCGUGAAUUACAGCCAAGACGAGCUCCUCCAGGCCUUCGAGAAGGCGGGCCUCAGCGUGCACGGACGCGAGGUGCGAAGCGAUGGCGUCGAGGUAUUAGGCGUCGUCUUGGGCGGGCGAAGGCUUGAGAUCCAGCCGUCGCUGAAGAGGCUCUGGAGGGUGCGCCAGGCGAUCGUCGGGAUAGUGCAGUAGCGGGCAGUGCGGGGAGACGACCUUAGUGUGCUGCUGGGCCACUGCGCGUGCCUGGGCCCUGUCGGGCGCCCCGUGCUGUCGGUAUUUCGCGCUUGUUAUCGUUCCG